ACCGGUAUUUUUAAAAAUAAAUAAGAGAUGGCGUUGAAUUUGAUGUCUCUAAUUAGGGCAAAUGGCGGGAGCAAUCUCACCAACACCAUGCAUCUUCUGUCAGAUUGCCCGCAAUUCCACUUCUACCACUCUCCUGCACACAGAUGAAAAGGUCGUUGCUUUUCACGACAUCAAUCCUUCUGCUUUCAGACAUUACUUGGUUAUUCCCGUGGAGCACAUUCCAACUGUUAAAGAUCUUCAGAGCAGACAUGAAGACUACUCAUUGGUAAGUCACAUGUUAAAUGUGGGUCAAACUCUUUUACGCCGGGACGCACCUCAGUCUGAACAGUACAGAUUUGGAUUCCAUCAACCUCCAAUGAACAGUGUCGACCAUCUACAUCUCCAUUGUUUGGCUCUACCCUACAUACCAAGAUGGAAACAUCUAAAAUACUUGUCUCUGGGACCAUUCGGUGGGUUCAUUGAAGCUGAGAAGUUGCUGGAGAAGAUAAAGCCUUUUUCCUCUAUUCCUUCUUAACCGUGGUUGUCCUAAAGUUUUAUUAUUCUUGUAUUAAACUGUAUUUCAGAAAGAAAUUGUAAGUUUUCUUAUGAUUCGUUGUUAUGCUGACUCUGUCCUAAUAAACUUGGGUAAUAUCCUUAAUAAUCAUAUGUACAUCGAAAUUUUUAUUGUGGUGAA